AUGCGGCAGCAUACGGAACAGAACAAAGACGUGGUGACGAACCAGGUUUUCAUACCGCGUACGCAGAGAGAAGUGGUCGCUCGGGACAUGAUGGACGAAAACUUCAAAAACCAGGUAUUCGAGAAGCUGGAGUACCUGCGUCGCGAACAAGAGAGGGACGAGAAGCUGAAAGAGUCGCUGAAGCGGCUUUCGGAGCCGGAGAACAACUCGAACAGUCAUCGAGCAGCCGUCGAAAAGUUUUGCAAAGUAGAGAGGAGUUUCCGCGCUCCGCCUGAGGACGCCGAAGCAAUCCUGGACGACUAUUAUUCGCGGGUCGGCUGGAAGGACUCUCCUCGACAGUCACCUUUGCGAUCGCCAGGCUGCGUGCUGGGUUCGCGCCGCAAAUCGCCUGGUAUGCCUUUUAUUUUCACAGCUAUGGUAUUCAGCCAAACGAGUCUAAUUCCUGCGCUUGUUUCAGUAUCGAAAUCACCGGAACGUCGAGGGCUCAAUCGCUGGGUGAGCCCUUCCUAUCCGCUGCCGUAUCAAGCAAUGAUCCAGGCAGUACCGACUGUCUCUUUGAAGAGUAUGUCCGCCGUUGCUGUUGCUGCUGCGGCAGCACCGGACCACUCCGGCCUGAACGUUACUCUGCCGCCCACCGGUCACUCGACCGGGAAGCACCGCGGCGGCGUUCCGCACAACACGCUGCCAAGUUCUCAUCGGUCCAGAAUCGAUCCGACGGCUAUGCAACGAACGGCCGGGGCCGGCCCGUCGAAAGUCGCCAAACAGUUCUUUAAUCGCUGUCCGGGCACUACAUCGGAUACCAGUGGCAUAUCUAGCGGAACUUCGAGUGACCCGAGCCUCGUCAAUGCGAAGUUAUCUGCGACGUCCGUCGGUAUAAAUCGGUCGUCUGAGCAGUGGAUCUUGGAUGAGCGGCUGUCGGCGGUUCACCUGAGCGGCGAUUACGAGGAGAACAUCAAACUACACAAGCAGAGAAUGGCGCAGUCCUCCAUGCCCUCCAGUUCCUCUUCCAACAACGGCAGAGCACACAAAUCUGGUUACCACAAAAACAUGUCUUCGUCAGAAACGUCGCACAAAAUGUUUUUCGACAAGUCCGCCGGUAAACUUCACAAAAGCGUGUAUCUUCCUGAUCAGUUAGCGGCUAUGGCUAACCAGAGGAAAGCGUGUAGUUCGAAAAGCAUAGCCGCGUACGGAGGCGGUAUGAGCGGCUACCCUCAGGCAAGCUUCGGUUCGAAUUCCAGUUCGAGCAGUACUCAGGAUCACAUAUCGGUCGGUUACUUUCUUCCGAACGAAUCGACUCCGUACGUUACAAAAUUCUCCGGAAGGCAGAUUACUUUAAAACAGUUCAAGCAACUGGUGCCAAGAAAGGGCAAUUUUAGGUAUUUUUUCCAGUGUGCUUCCGAUGAGCUUGGCACCGGCAUGGUACAAAGGGAAGUGAUAGACGAGAACGAGGUGCUGCCGCUUUGGGAAGGCAACAAAAUAGUGGCCAAAAUCGUCUGUAUAGACUGA